CAUUUUUGUUAACUAUAAUACAUACACAUGUGUAUAUAAAGCACUCUCGGCUCCUCGUGUCAUUACGUUUGUGAAGCAGAGCUUGAAAACAGCAUGGUCACCGUCAGAGGCUUCCUUGUUCUUUUAUUCGUGGGGGCGUGCCUCCAAAGUCAUGGCGCAUCGGCUGGUGAUGAUUGUCCUAUGGCUUCCUGUAUGGAUAAGAAAAUUGACGUUGGUGCAGAAAUGGGAAAACGAGUGAAUGUAACACGCGAUGAAAAUGGUGUCCGGAUGCAAUUCCAGCCGAAGUUCUUCACUUUCCUAUGCAGCGUGAACCGCCUGAUGGAGACUUGCUUAAGUGGACUAACGUCCCAGGAACUGGACAAGUGUAUUGAGAGAGAGGAGCAGCAGUUGUAUACGUCUAUGAUACGUACCCAGAAGAAAAUCGUCUGCUCCAAAGACGAGCGACUUGACAAACUGGUGGACUGUAUGAAUAACGAAGCUGUCCAGAGAUUGUUUUUCGAUGACCUCGUGGUCAAAGUCGGGAAAUUCAAGAGUGAAAUAGAAAAGAAUAACUCCAACAUCUGCAGUGAAAUGAAAUCAGAAAUCCGUAAAGCAGUGACGACACUUUCCGAUACCUGCGACCAUGACGGCCUGCGAGCGCUGCUGGAAGGCAUCAACGAGUUAGUGGUAGAGUUCGAGAACGAAAUUGUCAACAGGCUUCCAAAGCAUUUGUCACGUGAUGACAUUUGUCUGGAUGAAUUCAAGGAAGUGACGGAAACUGCCCAGACCUCCCUGUCGAGACGGGUACUUCCCAUGAAGACUUCACGGAUCAUUGGAGCAGUUCUCGGAUUGUAAUUGAAUACAGUGUGUUUUAUCAAUAAAGAAGUACUGGCAUUC